AUGGAGGAGCACAAAGAAUCCCUCUCAAUUCAGCGUGUGGGACAUGAUAUCCCAAAAGUCCAAGAACCAGAAGCUUUUGUGCUGUCACUUGAUCCUUACGCCGAGGACGACCCACCAGCGACGAAGAAGAGCUAUACUCGUACUACGCCUACUAUGCUGGUAACAACGGCAUCGGCUCUUUUCAAUAUUCCAACCUCCUAUUCCAGAACCUCAUUUACCAAGCCGGCUUCAACCCCCACGAACAGCCCUUGGGCAGCUCAAGCUGUGAGGUCGAUCCCACGGCGCCCUGCCACGUCUUCUGGAACGGCGGAACUAAAGAGUACACGAGUUGACUGGGAUGUGAUGGUCUCAUCAUCGACUAUUGAACUGGACACACCCGUUGAUGAAACUUUACAGCCAUCGCAUUCUGGGCCUCAUACGUCUUCUUCAACGCCAUCUUCCCCAAACUCUCGCAUGACCUCCCCGAAGCCAGGGCCGAACAUGGGCUACGGAUGGAACAACGUCGGCUUCGUCCUCUGUUGCGCCCUCUCCCUCGCCGCCCUGGUCGGCCUCCACGCUGACGACUCUGUCGAGUCCAGCAAUUGGGGCUACUCCGUGGCCGUCGCCAUCUGCACAGGUUUCUGGAUCCUCCUCGCCAUCCCCUGGUUCCUGUGGGAGAAGAAGCGGCCUGGUCCCCUUCUACCAAAGGGGGACAACUAUCUCACCUUCGGCUUCCGCCAAGCCUGUUUUGCAGCGCGGCAGGCCUGGAAUUUGAAACAAACCUUUGCGUAUCUAGUCGUUUUCUUCCUGCUAGCCGACGGAGUAGGCACCACCAUAACCCUCGUCAUGAUCGUGCAAACACAAGCUGUGGUUUUCUCCGCCACGCAAACACCUACUUUAUCAUGGUACAAGGCGCCUCGGCCGGUGUUGGCGUCUUCGGCGCGUACUACAUUCAACGCUACUUCAACUUGCGCACCAAGACCAUAA